AUGUUAUUAACAGAAUUCCAAGUGAAUACAUUGAAAAUUAUUCAUCCAUUAUAUCAAACCAAUAAUCAUCCUAAUAGUAAUAUUAAUAAUAAUCACAAUUACAAUCUCAAUAAUCAUCAACAUCAUCGUGAUUCCACGUUUCCAUUAAAUCAAUAUUUCCACUCGUACACUAUUGCUUAUAAAAUAUUCAUUUGUAUGAAAGGUAUUGUGUUUAUUCUCAUUAUUACAUCAGCGCUAUUCGGCAAUGCAUUGAUUUUCUUAGCUUUCUUUCGUUUUAAACGACUACGACAUGUACGUACCAAUAUAUUUCUAUUGUCUUUAGCUGUAGCGGAUUUCACUGUCGCCCUAUUAGUCAUGCCAUUCAAUGCAAUUAUGUCAUUGUUAAAUUAUCAAUGGUUAUUUGGUAAGCUAGUUUGUGAUUUAUAUAAUGCCACGGAUGUUCUAUUCAGUACAUCAAGUAUACUACAUUUAUGUUGUAUAUCAAUGGAUCGUUACAUUGCCAUUAUACACCCAUUGAAUUAUGAAAAUAAAAUGUCGAAACAACGUAUCCUAGCGUUGUUAGGUAUCACUUGGACUCUCUCAUUCCUGAUAUCGUAUAUGCCAAUAUUAAUUGGAUUGCAUAAACCUUUACAGCAGCCACAGCAGCCACAGCCUCAGCAGCAACCACAAAAACCACAUGGAAUCUAUUUCAAUCAUAAAAACCAGUCGACGCAUGGUGUGAUGCAAUCCGAUGACAGUUUGAAUGUGUGCGAUUUCGAUGUGAAUCCGUAUUAUGCAAUCAUCUCGUCGUGUGUAUCAUUUUGGGUACCAUCAGUGAUUAUGAUCAUUGUGUAUAUACGGAUAUUUAUUGAAGCUAGAAAACAAGAGCGAAAAAUUGCUCAGUUGCAUACUCCACAACCACAAGUCAACAAUACUACUAUUAUUCAACAAAUCAGUAGUGAUAGUAAUAACAAUAAUCAAACUAAUAAUAACAACAGUAAAUCGAAUUCAUUCAAUCUAAGUAUCCCUGAUCCAAUCACACUUGAUCAACCUAUCAAUCCAUUACAACUGAAAGAGAAUACAUCGAAUUUUCAUUUUACUACUACUGAUGAACGAUUAAGUUCUCGUGUGAAGUUACAUAGUGAAAGUAAAGCAGCUAGAACAUUGGGCAUAGUGAUGGGUGCAUUCCUCCUAUGUUGGUUACCAUUUUUCCUUUGGUACACUAUCAUCAAUGUUUGCAGUAAUCAUUGUCAAUAUCCAAAUGAACUGAAAGAAAUUCUUUAUUGGAUUGGUUAUUUUAAUUCAUCAAUAAAUCCAAUUAUUUAUGCAUUUUAUAAUCGAACAUUUCGUCAAGCGUUUAUUAAAAUUAUUGAAUUUCAAAAGAGAACCACAUCCCUAGAUGAAAUACAACAAUGUUGGGAUAGUUGUAGAUCACCAAUAUCAAGACGAUAUAAAUUUGAUCCUUUGAAUGAAAUAAUCAAUAAGGGGGUUACAAAAGAACAUCAAAAAUCUCUGAAUGAUCAUAUCACUCAGUUAAUUGACAAAAAAAGUGAGAUUCAUGAUGGAAGUACGUAA